AUAAAAGUGUUUAUUACCACCUACAUAAGUUGCUAUUGCAAUAGACCAUAUGAUUUCAAACAUUAACAGUUUGUUUAUUCUUACAAUGUAAUUGCGAAAUUAUAAUAACGAUGCUGUGUUAUAUUGGUCAAGUUUCUUUGUACUGCUUUUUGGGAGCGGCUGCCCCAUUCUUAGUUUCGUUAAUGUGUAACUACCAUCGGUUUCAAUUUUAUGGCUCUUUUUACUUAUUACCGAUCAUUUACUUCCUUUUAAUAAAUGCCAUUGUCGGAUUAGUUUAUAAGAAGAAUACAUACAAGAUAGCUGUCCGUUCUGUGAAUUUGGGUUUUUUACUAGCUUUGGGUGUCUAUAUCAGGCUGGUAGCUCCAGAUCACAUACAGAUUUUUGGUUUAUAUAUGUGUACCAUGUCGAUCUUCCAUUACAGCGAAUUUCUCUGUAUGGCCAACAUACAACCAAAGUUGGUGUCGGCAGAUUCGUUUGUAAUUAAUCAUAGUGUGCAGUAUACAAUUGCUGCGUUAACCUCCUGGGUAGAAUUUUUUGUGGAGGCAUAUUUUUUUCCUGACCUCAAGACGAAAUUUUGGUUGUCCCAUAUUGGGUUGGUAGUUUGUAUUAUAGGGGAACUGCUUCGAAAAGCUGCAAUGCUUACGGCAAGCUCAAAUUUUAAUCACCUAGUACAAUGUGAAAAGGUAGAGGGGCACAUACUGGUAACCCACGGAGUGUACAGUAUUUUUCGUCAUCCUAGUUAUGUGGGUUGGUUUUACUGGUCGAUUGGUACACAAGUGAUUCUUUUAAACCCACUUUGCAUAAUAGCGUAUACUAUCGCCAGCUGGACAUUUUUCAGAGAAAGGAUACUUAUAGAAGAAAUUAUGUUACUUAAUUUCUUCGGGCAACAGUAUUGUGAUUACCAAGAAAAAGUUCGCACAGGAUUACCAUUCAUUGAUGGUUACAAAAUAUAGACAAGACUACAUUUUUUUGCCAGUGAACUAAUCGUGAUAUUUUCUAGUUAUUUUUUUAUUUAACAAUUUUUUUAAGUGUACUGAUAAAAAUAACCUGCUGUGUUAUUGUUACUAAAUAAAUAAAUGUUUAGUUGUGUA